UAUAGCAAAGAAAGUGACCAGAGAGACCUUCAAUGUCCUAGGGUUUAACCACACGGGAUCACCAUGAAGCUAGCUCCACUAGACAGUAUCCAAAAUGCGCACGAAGACUCACUUUGGACGGCAGCGUGGGUCCGAUCGGACGGCGAUAAACCGGCGCUACUUCUCACCGGAGGGCUUGAUGAAACCGUUAGGUUAUGGGACCCAACCAAACUCACUUGCCUUCACACAAACACUGGUCAUUGCCUCGGCGUUGUAUCAGUCACUGCUCAUCCGAAUCGGAGAAUCGCCGCCUCUGCUUCUCUAGACAGCUUCAUUCGAGUGUUUGAGGUUGAUACUAAUAACACCAUCGCAACUCUUGAAGCUCCUCCAUCUGAAGUCUGGCAAUUGCAAUUUAGUCCCGAUGGUAGCACUUUGGCAGCAGCUGGAGGUGGUAGUUCAUCAGUCAAGCUAUGGGACACCACUCAGUGGCAACUUGUUGCCACAUUGUCAAUUCCGCGUCAAGGAGGUUCACAACCAUCCGAGAAAAGUGGCAGCAAGAAAUUUGUCCUCUCAGUUGCAUGGAAUACUGAUGGGAGGCUUCUUGCCUGUGGUUCAGUUGAUGGAACAAUCUCUGUUUUUGAUGUAGCUCGUGCGAAAUUCCUCCACUUCUUGGAAGGCCAUUGCAUGCCUGUGCGCUCUCUUGUGUUUUCACCUUCACUCCAUGAUUCAAGGAUACUUUUCUCAGGAUCAGAUGAUGGUCAUGUGCAUGUGUAUGAUGCUGAGGGAAAGACCUUGCUCACAUCUUUGUCAGGUCAUGCGAGUUGGGUUUUGAGUGUGGAUGUUUCUCCAGAUGGGGCAGCCGUUGCAACAGGUUCAAGUGACAAGACUGUUAAGCUGUGGGAUCUUAAAAUGAGAGCAGCUACGCAGACAUUAACUAACCACACAGACCAGGUAUGGUCUGUGGCUUUUGGACCGCCAUCAAGGAUUGAUGUUAGGUCUUGUAUGCUUGCCAGUGUAUCUGAUGACAAGAGUAUAUCUUUCUACCAAUACUCCUGAUUGUCAUGCGCUGGUACCUUUUUUACUGCCAUCUCUUUUCACAUGGCCUGUAUGUGAAUUAAGAAUGUACAAGAAAGUCAUUAGCUUUUUAUUUCGUCGAUACAGAAAGAAGAUUAUAUUUGAAUAUCAUACACAGCCAGCUGGUGCUAUUGUGUAAAUUGUCCUUGAAGCACAUUAGUUCGGUUUGUAGUUAGUGGCUUUUUGUGAAGCAGAUCGUGCUAACAUGUCAAGUUUUAUUAAAA